AUGGAAACGGCCAAGUUGUCCAAAGUCCACCCGCUCAAUGGGAUGCACACGGCCGGCAUCUUUGCCGACCCCAGCAUCGACGGGCCUUUGAUUGGAACUCUGGUUGCUAUUGUCGACCGCGCCAAAAACUUGCCCAACCGCAAGACCAUUGGAAAGCAGGACCCCUACUGCGCUGCCCGGCUCGGCAAGGAAGCCAAGAGGACCACGACGGACAUUCGCGGAGGUCAGACUCCAAGAUGGGAUCAGGAGCUUCGCUUCCCCGUCCACGACUCGCCAGAUUACUACCAGCUGAAGGUGUCCGUCUUCAAUGACGAUAAGAAAACGGACCUCAUCGGAGAGACUUGGAUCGACCUGAGGGACAUCAUUGUACCUGGCGGAGGCCAAAACGACAUCUGGCGCAACUUGACGUUCAAGGGCAAGUACGCCGGCGAGGUGCGCAUGGAGAUUACAUACUACGAUCAACGCCCGAAACCCGAGAAGCCCAUUGCUAAGCCCAAGCCCGUCGAGGCAGAGCCUACCGACUACCACCAUGGCACCAUCCCCCGGAAGCAGAUCAAGCGCCGACCGCUGCCAUCCGAUCCCUUCACUGGCGAGGCUCCCGCUGCCCCCUCUCCGGAUCAAGCCCUGACCCCGCCCCGCACUGGCGGCCCCAGAGGUCCCAAGGAGAUGAGCACCCCUACACCCACAGCCCAGGAGGCAAGUCUCUCGGGCUCGCGCCCGAUGCCAAAGGGCCCGAAGCAGUUACAGCCAGCUCAGGUGCCGACGAAAUCGCCCUUGCAGGCCAUUGAAUAUAACACCAACGCUGCUCCCUUGGCCCAGCCCACCCAGCAAGACUUGCCUGCGCAGCCGCUUCAGGCCGCUCUGCCGCCACACUCGACAGAAGUAACACCACAGCACACGCCGAGGCACGAGCGUUACGAAAGUCCCACCGCUCAGUACGACGACAGGGACUACAGUCCAAGAUACUCAUCCCAGGAAAUUGUCAACCAGGCCCACUACCGCCAGGGUUCCGAGCCACCGCGUGAACUCCUUUAUUUGGAGGACCAGCGGCAAGAACCGCCUGCCGACGACGAUCGUCCACCACCUCCGCCCGCUCAUAGAAGCCGCGGGAACUCUCAGGAUAUGGUCGUGAGGGCCGCCUACGACACUCCUCCCAAGUCGGCGAAUGCCAUGAGGCAAGAUGUCCUCCGAAAUGAGGCUCAUCGCAUGUCCUUUUCGUCCACAGCGUACCCUGGACGGCCUACCUACCGUGGUUUCGAUUCGGCCCCUGCCGUCACCAACGCGCUUCCAGCCCCUGAGGACCACCACCACCACGAGCUGACAUCUUCGAGGCACCACUCGUACGAUGCUCAUGCAGAGUACCGAUCCAUGCAGCCGACGGUUGAAGACGUGCCCGAGUUGCCCAAUACUUCGGCGAAUCCCCAUCAACGAAGGAUCUCGCGGGCGCCUCCGUACGAGGAGACGGGUUACGGCCAGGAGCACAACCAGCUUCCGCCACCACCUCAGCAGUCGCAGCAACUGCAGCUUCAGCAGCAACAACAGCUCCAGCAGCAACAACAGCUCCAAUAUCAGCAACAGCAACAGCAACAGCAACAGCAACAGCAACAGCAAUUCCAGCAGCAGCAGCAACAGCAAUUCCAGCAGCAGCAGCAACAGCAAUUCCAGCAGCAGCAGCAGCAGCAGCAGCAACAGCAGGCGAUGCAGUUAUCCCAGCGCCGGAACUCGUAUACACCCCAAUAUGACGAGAUGGGAUACGAUCAAGGUUACGACCAAGUGCCUAGUCCUGCCCCCCUGAACAUCGGUGGCAGGGGAAGUGCGGGCUCCUCUCGUCAAAGAGGCGCCUCGCCGCAGCCCGGCUACGGGCGAGGGGACGAGAUGUCCCAAGCGGGCCGCUACAGCACGUCGCCUCACCCAGAAUACCAGCCGAGAGGAGACGAACUGGUAUUCGCCGGCCGAGGCGGUACUUCCCCCGGGCACUACAGCACAUCACCUCAGCCAGAACAUCAACAAGAUUACCAGCCUAGAGGCGAUGAGCUGGUUCUUGCCGGCAGAGGAGACGUGUCGCCGGGCCACUACAGCACUUCCCCGCAGCCGUACGUGAGGGGGGACGAAAUGGCUCGCCGCCAGCAGGUCUCUCCCAUUGCGACCCGGGACUUCGCUCCGAGCCCGAUGGAGGGAUCGCCGUACCACUCGCACUUUCGCAGCCAGACCCAAUUCACUUCGCAGCGGUCUGAGCUGGGUGGCACCGAGGUCACGGCUCACAGCAUGCCGGCUGUGCCGGCUUCGUUGGUGCCGGGCACCGAUCCGACAAUCUCGCAAGAGGUUUCGGAUCGGAUCUACGACGAGAGACGUCAACAGCGGCGCUAUACUGAUCAGAGCAUGGCGAUCCAGCAUCGCGGGAGACAGCACAGCGAGCCUGUCGGAUACGAUGGCAGCUACACGAACCAGACAUACGUCCCGCCAGGGUACAACUCCCGGGCCUCGGCGUACGGCGCGCCUCCCCCUGACAUGAACAGAGGACGAGGGCCUUCACCGAACCCGAUGAGGGGACGGGGCGCUUCCCCUAAUCCCAUGAUGGCUCGAGGAUCUUCUCCUAACCCCAUGACCGCGCGGGAUGUCUCGCCCAACCCCAUGAGAAGAGGUGCUUCGCCUCAGCCCCCUCCCCAGCACAUGAGGUCGCGAGGCAUAUCCCCCAACCCUCACACGCAGCACACGAUCAAGCGGAAGUCUGUUAGUCCCGCGCCGCCUCCAUCUGAGCACCGCAGGUUGUCCGGCAUCCCCUUUGGCCCGGAUUCAUACGACAUGCUGAAUCCGGCGGUGUCGACCACCAACAGCGACAUCUCGAGGCCCGACCCCGACGAGAAGAUCAUCACUCAUGACGGACGUGAAAUCGACCCGUCAGAUCAUUUACCUAUGGACACCUGGGCACCCGAGCCGGAGCCAAAGGGUCCCAAGACGCCGGCCUCUGCGUCCACCCGAUCACGGGCGUCUACUGCCGACGCUCAGCCCCUGCCUACGAGCGGCCGUCGGCAGCUGCGCAUCGCAGCUCGGCCCCAGUCUCAAGCCUCGCCAGUGACGUAUAGCUCGGACCCGUACCACGUUCCGGGCACUCCGCCAAACAUGAGCAGUGCUGGCCGAAACCGGCUCCAGAAGAAGACGCAGCGCAUGUCUGCUCUCCCCUCGACGUCGCCGGCGGGAUCCAGCCCUCUGGCCCCCAUCUCAUCACACAACUACCAGGACAAUGGUGGCGACUUCACACCGCCACGCCUGCCGAGGGCGAGCACAUGGGACUACCCCAGCGAAAAUCACGCGCCGCAGUACGGCAGCUCUCCUGGAAGAAACUACGGCGGCGGCGGCGCACCCCCGAUCCCGGCCAAGGUCCCCUUGCCCAUGAUGAGUGGCGCGAACGGCGACAAUGAGUGGGCGCUGAUGCAGGAAAUGAGCCGCAUCGACAUAGGCGCCGGGCGCUCCAGGCGUCAUCGGCACCACUGA